GCGCCGGCACGGGGAAGGUGAUGUUGCGGCUGUCGUUCUUGCUCUUUAUUCCGCUGCUCGCUGAUAGCGCGGCAGCGGAGGAGGAAGAAGGGGAUAGGCUGCCCACGAAGUGCGAAGUCUGCAAGUUCCUAACACUGGAGCUGCAGUCCGCACUGGACAAGACAAAACGUUCCAAGGAAGUGUUGGAGCUCGGGGAAGUGCUGGACGAUGGGAAACGCAAGCGAAAGAUCAAGUACAACACGUCGGAGACCCGGCUAGCUGAUGCCAUGGAUAACAUUUGUGAAAGGAUUCUGCAGUACAACAUACACGCUGAACGACCCGGAAGCUUGCGAUAUGCAAAGGGUACAAGCGAGACGAUGAUGACGCUGAAGAAUCUGGUGAACAAAGGUGUAAAGGUGGAGCUGGGAAUCCCAUUUGAAAUGUGGGAUGAGCCCUCGGCCGAGGUCACGGAUUUGAAAAAGCAGUGCGAGAAUAUGUUGGAACAGUACGAGGAGGUCGUGGAGGAUUGGUAUUUCCACCAUCAGGACCUGGAUCUGGAGAGGUUUCUCUGCGUGUCCCAUGUGCUGGAAAAGAACGACCAAGAGUGUCUGACCGAGGUGUGGAAAGGCCACAAGGGUGACAUGGCUGACAGCCAGGAGAAGAGGAGGAACGCAGGAGCCACAGCAGAGGAGGAGCAGGUUGCUCAGGCAGGCAGCAAACCCAGCGAAGGAGACUGGCCAGAGGGUGAUGUGUCUGGCCAAGAAGAUGGACAUCAUGACCCUGCGGAACUCUGACCACCCAGUGGUGCUUCAGAUCCCUCCCGCGGCCGGCAUCCCGACCAUGGAGCCGGGAGGCAACUAUCCUCUAGCAAAGUCCAGUACCUUUUUAAUCCAAUGGCUGUCACAGUGAGGUGUGGCUUCGAACCCUGACCCUCGGGCAAACAGAAGCCCUCUAUCUGUCGCUCUGUCUCUUCGUAGUCAACGCUGAGCCACCAGUCAAGAGCGGAUGAGAUUUUAAACUCGUCACAUAACCCGUGCACCUUUUUAAGAUUUAAAAACAGUGCACGCUCCUUUUUAGUCCUCACCCUGUCCUUUCCUCCUUCCCUGUAGAGUGCAAGCUAGAGUCACUGUGAAAACUGGCAGUGGUGUUUUAAAAGCUGGUCCCACCGCUGUUUAAGAUACACCAUGCAUUGCGUCUGUCUUAAUCCUGGGCGUUUAAUUUCCCUGGCACUCCCAGGGUGUUGCAGCAGCUGUUUCGAUCCACACGGAAAUGCAGGCAAAAUUCCCACCUGAUUUCCUGAGAUAACAAGGUGUGGAGCUGGAUGAACACAGCAGGCCAGGCAGCAUCAGAGGAGCAGGAAAGCUGACGUUUCGGGCCUAAUUUCCUGUCGUCCCCACCCCGGGGGUCCACUCGGUCCCGAGACUCUGGCAAGUCCUCCGUUCUGUGAAGUGAAUGGCCUCCCAGUCUAACUGGAGUUUUACACUAAACGGAGUAACCUGCAGGUACCACAUAGAGAUCUUGAGCAACAGUCAGAAAUUGCAGCAAGUGCGGCAGCAUCUGUGAACACAAAGCAGAGCCGACGUUUGGAGUCUGGUGAUCCUCCACCCAAAUUUGUGUUAGCUCGGAUACAGUUGGACUCUGCCAGCAACUUCAGAGUUAUUGCAGUGCAUCUCUGAAGCCUCGAGCAAACCUGUCCUACAUGUGAAGCCCCAUCUCUCCUAACUGCUUCUGGCCUUCCUCACACUGAGGUGAGCAAGCGUCUCCCAUGGAUGGCUUUUGCCCUGAUAACGGCACGAGCUCCUGGGGUAGAAGGGAGCGUCUCGGAGCCUGAUCUUCCCUCUGCACAUGCAGAAAAAGCCUCAGUGUCUGCAUCUCCUCUUCAGAGUACACCUGGGACAGCACGGUGGCUCAGUGGUUAGUGCUGCUGCCUCAAGGCACCAGGGACCCAGGUUCACUUCCACCCUCGGGUAACUGUCUGUGUGGAGUUUGCACAUUCUCCCUGUGUCUGCGUGGGUUUCCUCCGGGUGCUCCAGUUUCCUCCCACAGUCCAAAGAUGUGCAGGUUCGGGUGGAUUGGCCGUGAUAAAUUGUCCCAUAGUGCCCAGGGAUGUGCGGGUUAGGGUGGGUUGGCCGUGCUAAAUUGUCCCAUAGUGCCCAGGAAUGUGCGGGUUAGGGUGGAUUGGCCGUGCUAAAUUGUCCCGUUGUGCCCAGGGAUGUGGGGGUUAGGGUGGGUUGGCCGUGCUACAUUGUCCCGUAGUGCCCAGGGAUAUGCAGGUUAGGGUGGAUAGGCCGUGGGAAAAUGCAGGGGUACAGAGGUAAGGUGGCUGUAUGGGUCCGGGUUGGGAUGCUGGUUGGGGGGUCAGUGAGGGCUGAAUGGCCUGCUCCUGUGCUGUAAGGAUUAUUGUUUAACUCGCUCCGGUUUCUGGUCAGCAAACAGGAGUUUGGUCCGAAAUCCCUGCUUUUAAUUGACCUUUGAAUUGACAAUCCGAAUUAGCAGCAGGUGCUUUAGCUCACAAGGGAACAGCGGGUGAAGAGUGUCUGCGGUUGAUGGGGAAGUUGUGAUUUGAUUUUGUUUUUACACGUGGGUGUCGUUGGAAAGGCCAGCGUUUGUCACCCUGCCUUCAUUUCCAUGUGGCUGUGGGUCUGGAGCCACUUGUAGGCCGGGGUGGGUAAGGCUGGCUAUACUCUUACCCUGAAUCUCGGGGAGCGACCGCGGCGACGGUCGCUGACAGUUGUGUGGUUACCAUCCCUGACGCUCGUUUUCAGCUCCAGAAAGGGAAUGGUGUGGGAGGGAUGAGUUGGAUUUGAACCUGUGUCUCGCGAAGACUACCCUGGGGCUCUCCAUCCCAGUUACACUCACUGUGCAACCCCCCCUCCCAGUCCCUGAAUGGGGCGUGACUCCUGGUUCCACACAUCACUCAAGCGAAGAGUCAGUUUCCGACUGCGUUUACGUGGCACCCGUCACAAAGUGGAGCGCUCCACAAGUGCGAUAGGCAAGGAGGCUUUCACAAGGAGCGUUGUGAAGAGGUUUGGGCUGGUUUGAUCGAAAACCCGGCCUAGGCUGUAUGGGGUGGGGGUGUUGGAGUUUGCAGUCCUGAUGAUAAUAUUGCUGUCACACUACAGCUCAAGCUGAGCUAAAAUUGUUUUUAUCUUGCCACAGAUGAAAUGAUACAGUUCAAGAGGCUCCAUUGUGUUGCUGAACAUCAGUGCAUUGGGAAUCUACCUUGUUCCAUUGCGCAGCUGCUGUUAGAUUUAGAGUCACAGAAGGACGAGCGCAGAAACAGACCCUCUCGGUCCAACUUGUCCGUACCAGACAUCUGAAAUUAAUCUAGUCCCAUUUGCCAACAUUAGGCCCAUAUGUGAAGAGUGAAUGUAUUUACAUUUACUUUCUUUUUUCAUUCUCUUGUGGGAUCUUGGUGUCGCUGACUGGGCCCAGUGUUUAUUGCCCCGUCCCUAGUUGCCCCCCCUUUGAGAAGGUGGGGGUGAGCUGCCUUCUUGAACUGCUGCAGUCCAUGUGCUGUGGGGUGACCCACAAUGUCCCCUCAGGGAGGGAAUUCCAGGGACUCUGACCCAGUCACACUCAAGGGACGGGGAUAUUUUUCCAAGUCGGGAUGGGGAGGGGGUCAGAGG